AAGAAACUAACAAAAACGGCAAACGCGCACGCACAUUAAUAUUUCGUUUCGAUGGAAGCGGGAAGUCUCCUCCAUAGUCACAUUCCAUGGAACCCACCCAAACGCCCAAUACGUCGCCGUAUUGGCUCCUCUUUCCCGCGCUUCUUCAUUUCUAGGGCUUCCUCUUCUUCUUCUUCUUCUUCUUCUUCAAAUUCAGAGCGAGGUUACAGAGGACCAAAGCCAAAGAGGGAUUGGGUCGCCGAUUGGGUCUCCAACAACGACGACGUCGUUCGGAGCUUGCCGAUUUACGUCGGUGGAGUCUCGCUCUUGGCUGUUCUGUUAAACCGCACCGUUUCGGGCAUUGCUCCUGUUGCUGAUGCUAGCAGUUCACAGUCAAGAUCUGAUCUUUUGACACUUGGUUUGGCAGUCACUAACAUCCUAACUGGUCUGGUAUGGCUGUCAAUCCGACCAAAAUCUAUAUCUGUGGUAAGUCCUCAAGGGGUUGAAUGUCAGAGAAUAUGUUCUAAUCUCCCUGAUUCUGUGGUUUCUGAGUUACUGUGGGUAUGGGAGUCUAUGUCAAAUGUGACAUGCUGCAGGUCUCUAAUUGUUGUUUAUGAUGGCUGUUGUAUCCUUCAAAUUGGUUGUGCAGCCAAAUCUUCGUUUGGUGAUGGUGAAGCUGUGGCUGUGGAUGCCAAUAAACUAAUGCAAGGAUCACUCUGUCAGGGUGUUAUAAAAUCUGGAACUCAGAGCUACUUGGCCAACCUAUCUCUUUAUCCUGGGAAGUCUGAGCUGCCAUUUCUGCCUUCAAAUACACAGGCAGUAAUUCUGCAACCGCUUGGAGAGAAAGGAAUUGCAAUAAUUGGUGGUGACACAAUCAGGGGUUUCACGAGUUCUGACCAGGCAUGGAUUACGUUAAUUGGAGAGAAGCUGGAUGCUACGCUUGCAAAGAACUUGAAUAGCCUCCCAUUGGCCGUCCAAGAUUGACUUUGAAAGAACUACCGAGUUAAAGCUUAUCAAUAUCAUGUGCGUAUAACAUUUGUGUGGCCUUUUAAGCAAGCGAACCUUAAUGCAACAACUUGCAAACUAGAGUGGUAAGAGGCACAUCAGAUUCAUUCCAGAGUGUGUUCAAAUUUCGUACCUCACCUGCUCACCAUAGCUUGUAUUUUUGUAAAGGUUAUGAUCGUGCUCUUCAAUGUCUUGAGCUGCAAAACUAGUCCAUUCAUUUUUCCAUUUCCUAGGUACCUGCUUUAGAAACCUAUUGCAUAUUGUAUUAUCUAAUGUAAAGAACAUGUGGCAGAUUAAACACACUGCAUUUAUUUCUUAAGUUCUUCAUCAGUGGAAUGACAAGUUGUCCUACCUUUUUUUUAAA